AGAUCCUGGCCCACUUGGCAGUUCCACGCUACUUGUGUCGGCGAAGCGCGUAGCAGCAUUCCUUCUCGACUCGUUCCCUUUUGCGGCUUCUCGCAGCGCCGCGAAUCCCAAAUCAGAGCCGAUCCGACGCGAAUCGAUCGAGAGGCAGGAGGCAGCACGAUUCGGAUUGAGCCGAGCGCCAUGAACCCGAGAGGCUACCGUAGCAACAGAACUUCUCUCUUCGAUGGCAUUGAGGAGGGUGGAAUCAGAGCAACAUCCUAUUCUUCCCAUGAGAUAGAUGAGCAAGAAAAUGAUCGAGCUAUUGAUGGACUGCAGGAUCGUGUCAGCAUUCUCAAGCGGUUGUCAGGUGAUAUCCAUGAAGAGGUGGAGACUCAUAACAGAAUGCUAGACCGAAUGGGGAAUGAUAUGGAUGCAUCAAGGGGUUUUCUCUCUGGAACCGUGGACAAAUUCAAGAUGGUGUUUGAGACCAAAUCAAGUCGGAGGAUGGGAACCCUCGUCGCAUCAUUUGUUGCUCUUUUUCUGCUGGUUUACUACUUGACCAGGUAGAAGCAUCCGCUGUGAAAGCUCUGUGGGCUGGCGUGCUCAAGAACAUGCUGAGAAUGGAUGUGCUGAUCUAGGCAGAUGCCGUAUAUACCUUGAAAACUCACUGUCCUGAGUGCAAAGCAUGUUGAUGUGGGUUUCGUGAACUCUGCACUGUAUAACACGACUACAGCGUGUUGGGUCGAUCCUCUGCUCUGUUGCUGGAGCUACAGAAAAUGGAUUCAAGUUUGUUGUCCGUUCCUUUGGCAUGUUAUGUUUAUGGAUAUAUGGUAUUAGUAAUAGUAGUAUGUGGAAUCUCUACCGUGAUGUAUCUAGUUGGUUGCCUUGUGGCUGGACUUGUUUAAUUGUAGAAGCUUUGUUUGAGCACUA